AUGUGCGAUGCGUCAAACCAGGCUAUAGGUGCCGCGCUUGCACAGCGCGAUGAAUUCGACAUUGAGAUUAGGGACCGGAGUGGAUCUCAAAACUUGGUUGCGGAUCAUUUAAGCCGUCUUGAGAAUUUAAAAUCUGAUCCAUUUCUGAUCAAUGACUCAUUCCCAUUGGAUAGCUUACAUGCUGUGUCGGAUAGCUUUCCUUGGUUUGCCCCAAUGGCGAACUACUUGGUUGCAAAACUCUUCCCUCCCAACUUUUCUAAACACCAAAGGGAUAAGUUGAGGAGUGAUUCCAAAUACUACAUUUCGGAUGACCAUCACUUGUGGAAGAGGGGAGUAGGCCAAGUAGAAGCAAUACCUACCCGCGUUGACGAUGCUAAUACCGUCAUUUCUUUUAUCAGAAACUACAUUGUGUGCCGUUAUGGGUCGCCACGAGCAAUCGUGAGCGACCAAGGAUCCCACUUUUGUAAUAGGAAAGUAAAGGCACUGCUCAAGCGCUAUGGAGUACUGCAUAAGAUUGCCACUGCUUAUCAUCCGCAAACCAAUGGACAAGCGAAAGUGUCCAACCGGGAGAUUCAGAGAAUCUUGGAGAAAGUAGUCAAUCCGCAAAGGAAGGAUUGGAGAAAGUAG